GAGAAAAAAGCAGUUGCCCGGAAACAAGAGGAAACAAACCCAUGUCUGGCAAAGUGAGUCUGUUGACGGACAGCUACUGCACAACAAGCCUUUUCUUUGUUGGACUUCGAUCUGUAGAGUUUUUUUUACAAAUCUCUUGUGGCAGUGUCUUAACGCAAAGUGAAAUUCUCAGGCUGGAGAAAUAAACGUCAGGCCCUUUUUUCUUUUUCAUGUUACUCAGCGGGCUGGAGCUCAGGACGCUGACUCAGUAGUGCUGCUGGCUGGACUGUGUUGAGUAACAUCAUCUUUCAUUCCUGAACACUGUUAACUACAGUCCCCUUCACUGGUCUGUGACUCCCUGCAGCAGAAUGGCCAAGGGAAAGAAAAUCAAACAGGCUAAAAGUAAGACCAUCACCUUGAAAGUGGCUCAGAACUGUGUGGAGUUGACUCUGGACGGUAUACGUCGUCUGAACCUCAGUUUCAAGGAAGUCGUCACGGUGCCGAAGUGCAUCCAGAAGCUGUGUGAAAUGGAUGAACUGGACCUGAGCAGGAACCUGAUUACAAAGGUCCCGGACUUCAUUGACAAUUUCAUCAGAAUCCGUGUUUUGGAUCUGCACAGCAAUUAUCUGGAGCAGCUCCCUGUAACAAUUGGACGUCUCCAGAGCCUGCGGGUUUUGAACCUGUGUAACAACCGUCUGACAAGCCUGCCCAGCGAGAUUGGCCUGCUAAGGAGCCUCCAGACGCUCAACCUGGGUAUAAACCGACUGGAAAGUCUUCCGUCCUCCAUCUCUGCAUUAAAAGAGCUCCGCCACAUCGGCCUUUCUGACAACCGAUUCACUCGGGUCCCUGGCUGCCUCCGGAAGCUGAGCAACCUGGAGAGUGUGAACCUGGACAGGAACCCACUCGCCAUAGAGGAGGUACCCAGCAACGAGUCCCUGAUGAUGGCAGAGAGGUUUUAUCUGGUCCAGGAGAGUGACCUGUGUGAGGACUGCCUGAAUAAGUGCCAAAUUGAGAGGAAGAAGGUGGAGGAUGUAGAAAACAGAAAGGAGACAUUACUGGGUAUGUCCGACUUGGUGACCCAGGAAGACAGGGAGAUGUAGAGAUGGGUUUCACUUAAAAAACACACGUAGAAUAUGUCUUUUCAUUCUUUAUUACUCUUUUAAUUUGACCAAAAUGUAUAUUCAAGCAUACUGUAAUGUACCCUUGGUGGUAAAGUGGUUUUAAGUUGCACCAUCUGUGGUUUGAAACAUACAGUAAGCAGCCUCAUUAAUCAACCACUAGAUGUACAUGAUGCACUAAUAUAGUUACAGACUGACUUUUGGGCCAACAACAGCCCAUCUCAACCUUCUAAAGGUCUUCAAAAUAAAGUGUCACGUUGUUUAACCCUCAUGUUGUCCUCGGGUCAAUUUGCACCUGUUUUCAGUUUUAUUUUAUCACAAA